CCGAUCUAUCGUGGCUGAUCAAACAGGGCGGGACGGAGGAUUGGAGGCGGGCAGAAGAGCCGUGAGAGUAUUGGAGGUGAGAGGGGGAGGUGCUUUGGUGGUUGCCUGUACGCCCAAGGAGAAUGGCGAGAACAAUGGCCAGGGAGAUGGGAUGCGCCUGCAUUGCAAUCUCAAAACGCCUCUCCACUCCGCCCUGCCGCCGCCCUGGCUCGGCCUGGCCCUGCGUCGCAGCAACAGCAGCAGCAGCACCGCCUAGCCUCCCUGGCCCUCCGCUCCGCUUCCGAAUCAUCCCCCGGAUUAACAGAAAGGCGGGCCCUACCGCUCUGCUUCCCACGCCCCCCACCGCAAAGCAAGGAGCCGGCUAUCUCUCCUCGCCAAAGGUGAAGCAGGCCGAUGGAAGCAUCACGCCAUGGAGCGCCAUGCCCCCUGCCCUGGCGUGGGAUAAAAAUUGCAAAGGAGGUCCAGCCCAGAAGAAGGGGAGAUUAGUCUACGUCGCUUCUCUCCCCGAUAUGUCUCACAGGGUCCCCCUCGCCUUAUCUCCGCUUGCGCCAAGUACACACAGUUCAAGCUGCCGAGUCAGGGCUGAUUAGCCGGUGCUUUGCCCACAUCUGCUGCUUCACGUCAUUCGGUAGUAGCCACGAGAUUAGUGCUGCGAGUGCGCGGGCACCUUGCUCAGCCUCCUGACUGUUCCGACCACUCACUACUGAUUCGGAACCUGGCGGAUUAGAGUAUGCUGAUUGACUAUCGCGGCAUCAUGUCUCAUCCUGGUUAUCUCAAAGACCUUGUCUCAAAGGCAUUUUC